AGUAGUGCUUUUCUUUGUGUUGAGUUUGACAGCGACCAGUUCACCCGGACGCCUAGUUUUAUGGCAACGUAGCUAAACAAUAGUAGUGUGCCAAGACUCUGGGUAGGAGAGCAAUAUGCGUAAAAAAAUACGAAGUUUCAGUGCUCCUUUGAGUUCACGCACGUAGGACCUCUGGAGGUUAGCAAAAGGGUUAGCUGCUAUGUGCGGGACGAGCAAGCUAACAAGCUAGCAGUGGUAACGGUACUUUAGGUUUACUGAUGUUGAACAGUCCGCAGCUGGCUGAAUGAAUGGCACCGCUAACAAGCUAAAGACGACCAGCCGGUCUCUGCCUGAUUGAAGUCUCUCUGGCGACAGUCUUUAAGAAGAAUAAACGAAGAGGCAUGGAAAGUAACGGGGACGUCCUUUCGAGCACCGGGUCUUCGGGUUAUUUACAGCUGGAUGCCCGUAGUGUAGGAUUAGCCUGUUUUCUACGCCGAAUGACGACAUUUGCACCGUCCAGCUGCCUCACACACGAGCGUCGGUGAUGCUGUCCAUCGCUGGCCAAAUGCCUUGGUUGUCCAGAUUGGGACAGAGCACCAAAACUACCUUAUAAAUCAUGAAAAACUGCGAGUAUCAGCAAAUCGACCCGCAUGCACUUCCGACACCAACACCGACCCCUCCACCUCAUCAUGGCAGCGACGGUGACAAGAAAGAGGAGCCGAAGAGACCGAGGAGAAAGUGGGAAGUUUUCCCCGGAAAGAAUCGCUUCUACUGCGAUGGACGGAUCAUAGUGGCCCGGCAGAGCGGGGUCUUGCCCCUCACUCUGGGCCUUAUUCUCGUCACAAGUGGAUUAUUCUUUAUAUUUGACUGUCCAUUCCUGGUCAAACACCUGACCAGCUGCAUACCUGUCAUUGGUGGAGGCCUCUUUGUAUUUGUGGUCAUCACCCUGCUCCAGACCAGCUUCACUGACCCCGGCAUCCUGCCCAGAGCAACGCCAGAUGAGGCUGCAGACAUUGAAAAACAGAUCGACAACACCGGAAACACCAGCUAUCGGCCUCCGCCGCGCACCAAGGAAGUCCUCAUCAACCAGCAGGUGGUGAAGCUCAAGUACUGCUUCACCUGCAAGAUGUUCCGGCCUCCGCGCACCUCCCACUGCAGCCUGUGUGACAACUGCGUGGAGCGAUUCGACCAUCACUGCCCUUGGGUAGGGAACUGUGUGGGGAAACGCAACUAUCGUUUCUUCUACACCUUUAUCGUGUCGCUCUCCUUCCUGACGGCGUUCAUCUUCGGCUGUGUGACCACACAUCUAGCGCUGAGGGCUCAAGGGGGAAAAGGCCUGGUGUUUGCUCUGCAAGAGAGUCCAGGCAGUGCGGUGGAGCUCGUGAUAUGUUUCUUCUCAGUCUGGUCCAUCUUGGGCCUCUCAGGCUUCCAUACAUACCUGGUUGCUUCUAACCUGACCACUAAUGAAGACAUCAAAGGCUCCUGGUCAGGGAAGAGUGGAGAAGAUGUCACCAACCCAUACAGUCAUAAAAACAUCUUCAUCAACUGUUGCACUAUGCUCUGCGGACCCAUGCCACCCAGCUUGAUCGACAGACGAGGUUUCCUGCCCGCGGAUGAAUCUGUCCAGACCGCCGGCCCGGACAUCGAGUUGCCCACUCUGGCGACUAAAAGCGAGAUAAACGUGUGCACACAGGGAACUAAAGGUCUGCUGGAGUCGGCCACUCGCUCCCCGCUCCUGUCCACCUCGUGUCCUCAGGGGAAACCUCAGACAGCUCAUAGCUGCCCAGACAACAGCCCCACAGUGAACUCUGACCCCUCCCCGGAGCUCUCCACGAGAUGCGGGGGCCGCCAUACUGCUAGCUCUCAAGGCGAUACCUCCCCUCGGCGUCACACCAAGAGUCACUCGAAGAAAAGUAAACGAGCGGCUUUGCAUAUUCCCAACCCUGCCUUCGAUGUCCCUGUCUCCCCUACCUCUCCGGACGCCGGCCCCAGCUCUGAAGCCAGGGGCCACAAAGGUGUCAGCUUCUCCCCUUUGCACUGACUGACUUGACUGACGGCGUUCUCAAGUGAAAACACAUUGUUUGAAGCUUGCAUGCUGUAACACAGUCAAAUACAAGUGGUAUGAAUUUAAAAAAUGUUCUUUAUUGUUUGUUGGUUCUCUGAAGGUCAUUGUGUCAGAGGAUGACAAUCACAAAGAAAUGUAAUUGUGUGACCAAUUUGCAGUGGAAAUAGAAACAUUAGAGCAGACUAGAUGAAGAUUAUUCUGGAUGCAACUUGGUGCAGAAUGAAAAGCAUGUGAAAAGAUGAAAGGAACUGUGAGGAGAUGGAGGAACUGGUGUACUGACAGAGCCAUAUGUUUUUCUGAUGAUUCUCAUGUAAAUGUGAAUUUUACCAGCAUGUCAGAUCCAUCAAAUAUUGUGAAAAAGUGGCUUUGAUGUAUCAGGUGGAGAAACUCUGGGAGCUCGAAAAGCUUGGUACAGAGAGCUAGAGCUCAGGAUGUGUAUGCAUCUGUGAGGAGAAAAGUUGCCUUUAAAGGGAAAGUCCAUCAAAAAUGUAGAAUUCACAUAUGUCAUUUCUAUAACAUUGUGCUGCUGAGUUUAUAGUGUGAACGUGAGCCAGUUUCUCCUUAAGCUGAACAGCAGAUUGGCAGUUUGUACCGAUGAUGUCAUUCUGAGACAUAUAGGCAGUGAAUAAUGGAAUAAUGGCUGUCAGCCUUGGAGUAUUUUCAAGGCAAUGGGGACCUUUUGUUAUUCAUAUCUGAAAGCUCUUAAUCUGACAAGCAUGCCUACUUGACACAAUGGAUGAGCCCUUAUCCCUUUUUAAAGGUCCAGAGUGUAACAUUUAGGGGCUCUGAUGGCAGUAAUGGAAUAUAAUAUUCAGAACUGCGUUUCCAUUAGUGUAUGAUCACCUGAAUAUAGGAAUCUGUAUUUUUUUGUUACCUUAGAAUAAGCUGUUUUUAUCUACAGCGGUUCUUCUUCCAUGGAGUCUGCCAUGUUUCUGCUUAAAUUACAAUAACAAACAAUCUCUUCAAACAGCACAAUAAAGCAUAAAACAUUCUUAUUUGUAGCAUUUUUUAAUACAAAUUAAAUUGUCAAAUUGUGAAAGUGGUUUUAUUCUUACAAUAAGAAAAAUAAUCUCUCUGCCUAAUCUGCUGGGAUAUUAAGAAAACCACUGUUGUAACUUGUUCAAUCUAGCUCAAUAUUAGCUGUAAAAUCUUAUUAAGACAAAGUUUUAUAUAUUUUCUUAAAACAAGAUUUUUUUUUUUCAAAAAAUGAGACUAGAAAACCAGAAACAAGGUUUUUUUUACUUUCUUGAGAUUCCUUUUUUGCAGUGUAGCCCAGAUGGGACAAACUGACUCUAGAUGGAGUGUUUUUUGUGUGUUUUGCCGCAACCGUAGUUUCUCCUUUGCACUUGGAAGGGGAGGGUGAAGUGAGGAAGUUGCGAUCAGCAGCUACACUGCUACAUGCCACUAAAUCCUACACACUGGACCUUUAAACAGUUGGUUGUGUCUCGCCCCUUUCCAUAACAGGGUUUCACCCCAGCUUCUGGCCUGCUUGUUCUGAACAGCUAUUAACACUAAUACAUUUAGACGUGUUCACACGCCAAUUUGUACAAAUGAGUUAGACAGACAUUGCAUUAUUAUCUAAUCUGGCCCUGCUGAUUUAGUAUCUUUCAGUUUUCUGCAGAUUUCAACAGGUUAAAUUUAAGACUUUUAAAACCAUUAUGAAUGCAAUUUAGGACCCUUUUCACACCCAUAGUAGCAAAAAAAAAAAAUGUACUUAAGAUAUGAAGGAAAAUUGGCAUUGGUUCCAUGUCGUUUUGUAGUUGUUACAGCAUGACCAAUACACAUUUUUCCCAGAAAACACAUUUAAAAGUGAGGUAGCUCACCUGGUUGAGCGUGCGCCCCGUGUACCAAGGCUGAGUGCUUACUGCAGCUGCCUGGGUUCGAUUCCAGCCUGCAACCCUUUGGUGCAUGUCAUCACCUCUCUCGCUCCCCACUCUUCAGCUGCUCUGUCAAAAUAAAGGCAAAAAAUGAUCUUUAAAAGCAAGACUGAAAAAUACAACUUUAAUGUUAACUUCAUUCAUCCAAUAAAUUUUUAAGACCUGUCAAAUCCUAUUUAAGACAUUGUAUGGCCUAAAAUUCAGAUUGCUUCCGAUUCCGGCCAUUUGAGACCCCAGGGACACUGAGCUGUGUGUCUAUAAACUAACUGACACAGCAAACCUGGAGCCUGGUAGUAUUUCUAGCAAUGGAGUACUUGAAGGGUAUUUAAACUUUAAACAUUUUAAGCCUCUGCAUUUUUUAUGUUUCGUGACACAUUUUUUCAGGUUUUUCUUCGUCAUAGCCCAUCUAUAAUAUCUCAAACACAGAUAUAUAUAUAUAUACAGAGUUCAGUUAGUUGUUCAGUGUCACCCCAAAAAUGGUCAUGUGAUGUCAUUAGCACAGCUUUCUUUGUUUAAAGGUGCUGACUUUACCAUCCAAAAUGUUGCAAUUGCACAUGUGAAUUCUGUUUUUUAGGAUUUUCCCUUUAACUUUGCACAAUCAGCACUGUGAGUUGAGCGUGUCUCGGUUGUAUCCAUGUGUGCUGUUGUUCAGAUUUCUGUGCUGUAUAAACGGCAGCGAAUGCAACUGCAUGAUAAUGACUAAAGACGUAAUUUAUGGUAUUCUUUGUUUAUUUAAAUCUUUCCAGACACCACAUUUUUCACCUGAGAGGUCCUAUGACACUUUUUGUAGGAAGGCUGUGAUUUGGAUUCCUGAAUAUCGUUGUGUAUCUGAACUGAAGCAGUGUUGUUCAUUGCCUACGCCGCACCACCUCCUGCUUGUGUUAUCAUUUACAUCACACAAUGAUUUAAGGCUCCCUUUCAAAUGUCCUGCACACUUUAUAUAAGCAACAGCAAUACCUGUUCUCCUUAAAAUUGUUUUACUCUGUGCGCUUAGACAAAUCCUAGAAGAUCUAUGUGAAUGGUUGGCGUGUUGGUUUGUUCUCAGGUGGAAAGCUGUAGAGGUAUUCAAUAUGCAAGUUCUAUGUGACAUAUAUCCACAUUGUAACCCGAUGGCAAUAGCUGCACAAAAAUGCAAUGAUCCAAACAAUCAUCCCCAUGCACUAAGACGUAUAGGCAUGCACACACACACACUGAUCGUCUGUAGUCCACCCCAAGAGUGUUAACACUGAGUAGAGCAGCAUCACUUUGUGAGCAGUAUUCUCUGUGUCAAAAGUCAUCCCAACACCUUCUGGAUGUCGGUGAGAGUGAAUGCAAGCAAUGCAUUUCUGAGGAGAAAAAUAUUGUACUGUAUUUGUGAAAACUGUAAGGUUAUUUCAGCCAAAACUACUGUCAAAAUAAAGAAAAAGGAAAAUAAAGUUUGGUGAAAUAAAGAGG